AUGAGUGAAGGAGCAGUAUCGAAUGGGCUGUCAGGGUCCGGAGGGAGUGUUAACGAGGAGCAGGACAAGGAAGGUGGGGAGGAGGAUAGAGAGGAGGCUGGGGAGGAGAGUGGGGAGGGGAGUGCAGAGGGGAGUGGGGAGGAGGAUGAUGGAGGGGAGGAUGGAAGGGAGGAUGAGGAUCAUUGUGAGAGCACAGUUCUUCCUGGCUCCACACUUCCUGCCCCUGAAGUUCCGGUAAUUGAAUAUGGAAAGUGUUUGCUGCAAGAGGAGGAAUCGGUGAUGGGAGGAGCAGGAGAUUUGGCAACAUUGACCGGAGAUCCUCCAGGUGCUCCAGCGUUGACCAGAAUGGCAGAUGGAGAGUGUUUGCAGCUUGGGGACUUUUCGGAAGUGGCACCGGUAGCGGGAGGAUCAGAUAACCUGGCAGAGCGUAUCAGAAAUUCCCCUGAUGCGCCAGAGAGCACAGAGAACGAGCGUUUGCUGCCCAGGGAUGGGCUGGGAGUGGGACCAGCCGCGGGAGGAGCAGGUAACCUGGCAGAGCUGAUCGCAGAUGUUUUUGAGUUUCCGGAUAGCUUCCCGAAUGGCUCUUUGAACUGUCAACCCAAGAGGAUUAUGCUGCUACGUCCAGAAGACUAUGGGUGUGGUGAGGACAGGAAGAUGGUAGGGGAGAACGGGGAGGAAGGGGAGAAUGCGAGGCAGGGAGGAGGGGAAGUGGUGCAAGGGGAUGCAGAGGAGUGGGAUACGGUGCUGAGCCACAUGCAGGAGGUUGCUGCUGCUGCUGCCUCUGUUGAGUCGGACAAUGUUGGGCUGGACACUUGGAUUCUGGGGGAUAGAGUGGUCCUUGAUGGGUUGACACUACAGGGUGUGACUGUAGAGAGGGCGUGA